CUAGAGGGAGCGAGGGAUCGAGAAGGGGGGUUGCUGGAUGCUGAGGUUGAACCGGCCAAGCUGGGAGGAAAGAAGAAAAGGAGGGGAGGGGAGACUCGAGGACAGCCGGCCUAGUCAGGCCGAGAAUGCAAUUGCCCCGGUGGUGGGAGCUGGGAGACCCCUGUGCUUGGACGAGGCAGGGUCGGGGGACACGAAGGAUGAGCCCCGCGACCACUGGCACAUUCUUACUGACAGCUUUCUUAUUAAGCUGUGCCAGUGGCAUAAAUGGAACAGUUAACCGAAAGACCAAACAGGCCCACAAUUUUGUUAUCAGCAGAAAAAUGGCUGCUGGGAGGAAAGACGUGUACACUAUUUUCUCGAAGGUGCACUCUGACUGGAAUGUGUACCCGUCUGCUGGUGUCCUCUUUGUUCAUGUUUUGGAAAGAGAAUAUUUUAAGGGGGAAUUCCCACCUUACCCAAAACCUGGCGAAAUUAGUAACGAUCCCAUUACAUUCAACACCAAUUUAAUGGGUUACCCAGACCGACCCGGAUGGCUUCGAUAUAUCCAAAGGACGCCAUAUAGUGAUGGAGUCCUAUAUGGGUCUCCAGCUGCUGAAAAUGUGGGGAAACCAACGAUCAUUGAGAUAACUGCCUACAAUAGGCGAACCUUUGAGACUGCAAGGCAUAAUUUGAUAAUUAAUAUAAUGUCAGCAGAAGACUUCCCAUUGCCCUAUCAAGCAGAAUUCUUCAUUAAAAAUAUGAAUGUGGAAGAAAUGUUGGCAAGUGAGGUUCUUGGAGACUUUUUGGGGGCAGUGAAAAAUGUGUGGCAGCCAGAGCACCUGAAUGCUAUCAACAUCACGUCAGCCCUAGACAGGGGCGGCAGGGUGCCGCUUCCCAUUAAUGACAUGAAGGAAGGUGUUUAUGUCAUGGUUGGUGCCGAUGUCCCAUUUUCUUCUUGUUUACGAGAAGUUGAAAAUCCUCAGAAUCAAUUGAGAUGCAGCCAAGAAAUGGAGCCAGUAAUAACCUGUGAUAAAAAGUUUCGUACUCAAUUUUACAUUGACUGGUGCAAAAUUUCACUGGUGGAUAAAACAAAGCAAGUGUCCACCUAUCAGGAAGUGAUCCGAGGAGAGGGGAUUUUACCUGAUGGUGGAGAGUACAGACCCCCUUCUGAUUCUUUGAAAAGCAGAGACUAUUAUACGGAUUUCCUAGUUACCCUGGCUGUGCCCUCGGCAGUAGCACUGGUCCUCUUUCUAAUACUUGCUUAUAUCAUGUGCUGCCGACGGGAAGGAGUGGAAAAGAGAAACAUGCAAACACCAGACAUUCAGCUAGUCCAUCACAGUGCCAUUCAGAAAUCUACCAAGGAGCUCCGAGAUAUGUCCAAGAACAGAGAGAUAGCGUGGCCCCUGUCAACGCUGCCUGUGUUCCACCCGGUGACGGGGGAGAUCCUUCCGCCUCUGCAUACAGACACCUAUGAUGGUACCAACAUGCCGCUGAUGCAGACGCAACAGAACUUGCCGCAUCAAACCCAGAUUCCCCAACAGCAGAGUACAGGAGAUUUUCGUUUGACAACUUUUCAAAGAUUCGAGGUAAAUGGUAUCCCUGAAGAGAGGAAGCUGACCGAGGCAAUGAAUUUAUAACCAGACAGCACUGCAGCGAUCUGGAUUUAUUUUCUUCUCCAAAAAUGCAUGAAUUCUUCUGGCCUCUGGUAUGCAUGUUGACAGUAUUAUGUACCAAAUAAUACAGCAUAACUUUCAUUUUACUAAUGCAUUUUUUUGUACUUCAAACAUUUUUGACAAUUUGUAAGACAUCGAUGACUUUAUAUUUGUUACAAUAAAAGGUGAUCUUUAAAAUAAAUAUUAACAAAGACUAAUGUCUGGUAAAAUUUACUGCAAAAAUGAAAGCAUUUGAUCACCUCCCAUUUGUUAGGAAUGUUUUAGUUGCUAGAAUCAGGGUCCUGCGUUCAUCUUCAUUCAACAAGAUUUUAUUAAGUGCUUCUAAAGAAUGUAUAAAGUGUCUUUGCCUCUGUGUUCAAGUACACAGUGCAUUUAAAUAAUGCUUUAAUCCUUGCUGACCUGAAAGCCUGUUGUUUGUAUCACACUUUCUCGAGUGUUUUAGAGAGUAAACGCAGUAUUAGGAGUUGUGGAACCAAAAACAUCCAGGUUGUCAGGGCAGCUCGGGUGUGCACUCAGUUGAAUUCAUAGUCAGAUAUUUGCCUUAGAAGCAUGUCAGGAGCUGUUAAAAAGAGAGAGAAUAGUCACUAAUAGCAACAUGUAUCAGCUCUGCAGGGUUCUCUGCCGUGGUAACUCCUGUGUCCCAGGUAUAGCAGCAAUCCCUCAUACAGUGCUUGCCUGUUUCGUAAAUUGUGGGCACUUUGAGCACUAUUCAUCAGGUCAGUUAGCAGAACAGCUUUUAUUGCAGGCUGGGCCAGCUGAAAAACCUUCUGCUCUGCUCUGGGCGAAUUGCUGUACUACUGCCUGUUAAUUGGUCAGAGAUCCAGUUAAAUCUCUUUGUUACCUGUUAAUUGUGUCAGAGGUCACACAAGUGCUACCAGAUUCCAAAGCUGAAAGUAAUCCCCAUUUGUAAUGUGUGCUUCGCCUUGCCUUCCAUUCAGAGGGGAUAUUCUGUUAUGUCUUCGGUUUUAGAACCUCUUUCCCCACUUCUUGCUGUAACUUAACAGAGGAAGUCAGUCAUUUAUUUCUUAAAGAUCUAUCUCUUAUCUUAUUCCUUUCCAAGAGAGCUAGAGCAUUGCCACUUGUUCUCCAGGAGUUUUCGGCUUGGGGUUAUAAGUGUACUGUGUCCAGGUCAAAUCCUAGGAGUAAGUGAAGGUCAUUCCGGUCCAGAAGACUGAACUGUGGCACAGAGACAGAGUUCACAAACCACACCCUCUGCUUAAAGAAGUCAAAUUUCUGGUCAUCAAAAUGAGCAAGAACAAGGUAAUGCACAGUUACAAACAAGAAUCUGCCACUCAGGGUGCAAGAACUUUUCUUGUCUAUCCUGGUAAAGAGCUAUGGUAAGGAAAGGAAAAUACACUUUAUUGAGAAGUUUAACCAGGAUGAAAUCAUUCUCGAGCAUCUCACAAAUCAGUAAUAGCUUUAAUCUCUAAAAAUCCUUCAAGAAGAAAAAACAAACUUUGCCUCUGAGUUAAUAUUUUGAUGGGGAAGAAAGUGCAAAUACUUCCCCCUUAACGGGCAUGACACUAAUAACUAAUUCUUCCUUUAUGGGUUAAAAAGUGAGAAUUCUGCCACUUGCUAAGGAUCUCUAUCCUAAGUAUACUCACUCAUCGUGGGAUAAUGGCUGCAUAGUGAUUUUUGUGUUCCAAAAGUCAAUUUAAAAUACCUUUUUAAGAGGACAAGGUGGCACAUCCCUGUAAUCCCAGCGGUCAGGGACAUUGAGGCAGGAAGACUGCAGGUUUGAUCCCAACAUAAUGACUGGGCAAGACUCUGCUUCAAAAUAAAAAAUCAAAAAGAGCUGGGUAUGUAGCUCAGACAAAAGAUUCUAGGAUCAAUCUCUAGCAUCACAAAACAAGCAAAAAAAAAAAAAAAAA